AUGCAUUGGUUGGGUCCUGACGUACCCGUGUUCGACCCCAAUUUCAGUUACAAUCACAAUCCCUACUCCUACGACGAUGACCUCUUUCAAAACGACGUGGCUCUGCCCUAUCUCAACGAUGCCGUUUUGGCCCAUCACCACGACGGAACCUCCCCUCUUCCCUUGGGCAUGGAUUGGAGCCCUCCGCCGCGCGAAUGGGCGGGUCGCAACACUGUUUGGCCACGUCAUCCUCCCACCGGUUGGAGCUUCUGCGUCACGCUUCCUUCGUGGGUUACUGUUCCCCAAUCGCUACCCUCUGAUCCCGUUGUGUUUUUUAGGGUUCAAGUUGCUAUACAAUCCCCCGAAGCAAUCACCACCACUCGAUUAAUAUUACGUAGAUUUAGUGACUUCGUCAACCUCUUUUCAGAACUGAAGAAAGAAUUUGCCAUGAAAAAUCUGCCUCCACCUCCACCUAAAAAGAUGCUCAGAAUUAAAAGCCAGACACUUUUGGAAGAGCGACGGUGCUUGUUAGCAGAUUGGAUCGAGAAGGUGUUAUCAGACAUUGAUGUAUCAAGAAGUGCCCCGGUGGCAAUAUUUCUUGAGCUAGAAGCUGCUGCUAGAUCAUCCUUCCAUGAUGUUAACGAGCAUCCGGAUGAAACCUCUGCUAAUAGUACUACACCUGCAGAAGUGUUUCAGGAUAACUCGCCUGGUUAUGUAAUAGCUCAUGGUGCAUCUGCUGCAUCUGUUUCUGGUAAUGAUGCAUUUUCUGAGCUGGGAGCAUCACAGCAUGGGAAGGAUAAGUAUUCUGAUCAAAUUAUGGAUAAUUCAACAUCAGAGCAUGGCUUAAUUAAUCAAAUUGAAGCAGCUAUUGAUCAUGCCAUAUCUGGCGAAGACUUAGUUAACAAGGAUAAUAGUACAGGCAAAGAUGCUAUAACUCUCAACCUAGAUGGAUCUGAGUUUACACCCUCUGUAAGAGAUUAUAACUUAAAUGCUCAGGCUAAGAGGCCCUCAAUAGAAAGCAUUGGAAGUGACAUAAAUUCUUUAAAGAAUACGGAAACCACCACGACCACUUUGGUUCAGGAUGUUGCACUCGACCUUGCUGGGACCCAGGAAGCCUCCAGAAACUCGGAUUUAUUGUUGACUUUUCCAUUGGAUGAGCGACACAAGUUAAACAAAAUUCUCAAUACUCAGAAACAGAGACUGGUCACUGCAAAAGCAGAUGUUGAAGAUCUUAUAGCAAGAUUGAAUCAAGAAAUGGCUGCAAGACAAUAUCUUGUGACAAAGGUCAAAGAUUUGGAAGUUGAACUUGAAACAACUCAACUGAACUGCCGAGAAAACAUGCAGCAGGCUGUUUUAGCUGAAAAGGAAAGGUUGACACAAAUGCAGUGGGAUAUAGAGGAACUUAGGAGGAAAUGCCUAGAGACAGAAAUGAAAUUGAAGUUCGAAGAGGAUGAAAGGCUGCUAGCAGAAUCUACAAAAGCAUCUGUCAUUCAGGAGAAUCAAAUGUUGCAGCAAGAACUAGAUGUAGCAAGAGAACAACUUAAGAACUUGCAGAAUCAUCAUGAUGAGUUUGAGAUAAAAUCAAAGACAGAUUUGAAGGUUCUAAUUAAGGAGGUAAAAUCCCUUAGAAGUUCUGAGUUAGAACUGAAGCAGCAGCUUAGUGAAUUGAUCAAGGAGAAGUUAGAUUUGGAGAGAAUUCUCCAGAAGGAAAAGCAAAGAAUGGAAAAUUCACAUAAUGCUAAUACGAAGUUGCUGCAUGAGUGUACAAUCCUUCAGAAGAGGCUUCGCGAAUGCAGUGUAAAUUUCCUUGUUGAAGAAGAAGAUAAGCUUAAUAUCGACACUUCACCAUCUGAUGCUCUGGAUUUAUUAGCAACAUCAGAUAAUCGGAUUGGUCUCUUGCUUGCAGAGGCACAGCUCUUGGCACAAGAUGUAGAGGAUGCUGUUGUUGCUGUGGAAGAGACCCGUGAUGCAACAACCGACAGUUCUGGGAAAACGUAUGAUGAAUUGAGGAAGAUGCUGGCACAUAUGUUUGUGGACAAUGCCAGUUUAAGGAAACAAAUCAAUAAAGUAAUUCGUUGUGCUCUAAAUGCAAAUGUCAAUUCUGAAGAGGAAGGGGAAGAAGUCCAUUUGCAAAAAACUGUCCUAAGCAAGUUUUUAGAAAGAUAG